ACCGGUGACCACUUCAACAGUCAAUCCACCACCGCCGAACUCACCAGUACAGAAUGUCUCUCAAGGUGAUCGUGAGUUUCUGCCUAGUGGCAGUAGCCGCCGCCAUGCCUCAGUACGGAGGCUACCACGCUCCUGCCGCCCCUAAGUACGCCCCCGCUCCAAAGUACGCUCCUGCCCCCAGCUAUGGCGGCUAUGGCGGCUCCCACUACGCUGAGCCUGAGCCUUACGACGCACACCCCAAGUACUCCUUCCACUACGCCGUCAACGACCCCCACACCUACGACAUCAAGAGCCAGCAGGAGGAGCGUGAUGGAGACUACGUCAAGGGUAGCUACGAGCUGGCCGAGCCCGACGGCACCAAGAGGGUUGUUGAGUACUCCGACGACGGAUACGGCUUCAACGCCAUCGUCCACAGAGAACACAACGUCCACCCCGCCUCAUACGCUGCUCCCAAGCCUUCAUAUUCCUACGCCCCUAAGGCUUACGCCCCAGCCCCUCAUUAUUAAAUUAUUUAGGAAACUUAUCACAACAGACUUCACCUCUCAUCUGUAAAUAUUGAUCUUCAUCUACCAUAAGUUUUAUACAAAUAAACGUCGUUUUUAUACCAAAA